CUUGACGCAGCGAGCAGCGAAGCAGAGUUCCUGUCCUGUCCUGUCCUGUCCUGUCCUGUCAACAUGUCCCGCCUGCACACUCUGAAGGUCUUCAUCAACCAGCGGCUGUCUGCGGCUCUCGAGGACAUAUUUGGACAUUUGGAGACAACAAUCAGCGAGUACGAAGCGGAGAGGGACCGCCGCCAUCACCAGCUGCUCGAUGUCCAGCAUCUGUCAAUGGUAAAAGAAGAAGUUCCCCUUGACCAGCAGGAGCCAGAACCCCCCCCACACAUUAAAGAGGAGCAGGAGGAACUGUGGAGCACUCAGGAGGGAGAGCAGCUUCAAGGGUUGGAGGAGGCUGAUAUCACAAAGUUCCCAUUCACUCCUGUCCCUGUGAAGAGUGAAGAUGAUGAAGAGGAAGCUCAGUCCUCACAGCUUCAUCAGAGACAAACUCAACACAUGGAAACAGAAGCUGAUGGAGAGGACUGUGGAGGACCAGAACCAGCCAGGAACUCACAUCCACUUUUACAACCAGAGACUGAAGACAAAGCUUCAGACUGUUCUGAACCGGAGACUGACGUCAACAACAAGGACUGUAAGCCGAUGAGAGAACCUCCGUCAGCUUUAAGCUCUCGAAAUGCCGAUGAAGUUGCCGUCAGUGAUGUUGUGAGUAAAGCUGACAAAAAGUCUUUUAUCUGCGGCGAAUGUGGGCGAAGGUUCGGCCGCAAGGACAGUCUGCGGAGACACAUGAGGUUUCACACAGGCGAGAAGCCAUACAGCUGCUCCGUUUGCAGCAAGCGCUUCUCCCAGAGGCCCAACCUGAUCCGCCACAUGAGGUGUCACUCCGGAGAGAAACCCUUCAGGUGCUCCUUCUGUGACACCAGCUUUGCCGUGCGCAGCGCCCUGGUGAACCACAUGAGGAUCCACACGGGCGAGAAGCCGUUCGGCUGCGUGUACUGUGACAAGAGCUUCACGCAGAAGGGCGGCCUGAAGAAGCACAUGACCGUGCACACUGGGGAGAAGCCGUACAGUUGCCCAGUGUGCGACAAAAGCUUCUCCCAGAAGGCCAACCUGACGUACCACUUCUCGGUGCACACGGGUCAGAAGCAGUUCGGCUGCAGCGUCUGCGACAAGCGCUUCACGUGGCAGUCACAGGUCAAAAGUCACAAAUGUGUCGGCGAGAGCAGCAGCAGCAGCUGAAAACAAACUUUCCGCUUUGUGUCUAAUGUGUAUAAGUAUCGUAUUAUGAUGUAUGUACAGGGCUGGGUACAGAAUUUUAUACUUUUCAGGCAUGGACCGAAUUGCCUCUUUAGUAUCGAAUGUGGAAAAGUU